AUGGGCAAAGCAAAGAAGACGAGAAAGUUUGCAACUGUCAAGCGGAUGCUGAACCCGAAAGAUAUACGACUGAAAGAAAACCAGUUGAAACAGAAGGAAAAGGAAGAAGAGGCGAAGGAAAAGGCCGUUCGCCGGGUGCCACAAGUCGCCUCCUCGCUAUUUCUAGCACAUAACACCGCACUCGUGCCCCCAUACCGCGUCCUCAUCGACACCAACUUCAUCAACUUCAGCCUGCAGAACAAGCUCGAGCUGAUAGCAGGCAUGAUGGACUGUCUAUAUGCCAAAUGCAUACCGUGCGUCACUGAUUGUGUCAUGGCGGAACUGGAAAAGCUGGGUCAUCGUUACAGAGUCGCGCUACGAGUGGCUCGAGACCCACGCUUCGAGCGCCUAAAAUGCUCGCAUACAGGCACCUACGCCGACGACUGCCUCGUCCAGCGAGUGACGGCCCAUAAGUGCUUCAUCGUCGCGACCUGUGAUCGGGAGCUGCGCCGCCGGAUACGUCAGAUUCCUGGCGUACCGCUGAUGUAUAUUGUAAAACGGCGGUAUGCUAUCGAGAGGCUGCCUGACCAGGGCGCUCCGAGCUGA